AAAUACAUACACACACACACACACACACACACACACACACACACACACACACACAUAUAUAUGCAUACGAUGGGCUUCUUUCAGUUUCCGUCUGCCAAAUCCGCUCACAAAGCUCGAGGUUAUAGUAGAAGACACUUGUUGAAGGUGCCACGCGGUGGGACUGAAUCCGGAACCAUGUGGUUUGGAAGCAAGCUUACCACACAGCCACUCCUGCGACUAUAAAUAUACUCAUGUUUUGAGUUCUGUUUUCCCUGUUUGCAUCUCCAAACAUCUAUCUAUCUAUCUAUCUAUCUAUCCGUCCGUCCGUCCAUCUAUCUAUCUAUCUAUCUAUCCGUCCAUCUAUCUAUCUAUCUAUCAUUUAAUAUUAUUGUUUAAAAGGCCAUCUUCUAGUGGUACACCGGUUGUCCUAUAUUGUUUGUUCACGCCUACAUCCUAAGGCGGUGGGGGGAAUCAAUUCAAGUCGCAAUCACAACUGCACGCUUGUUGGGGUGUAACGCUUCUUUUCGGAUAUGGGGAAGCUAAGAAGUCUAGCGAUCCAUUUUAACAAUCCAUCGCGAGUUUAUUACGGUGGUCAGAGGUUGAAUGGAUUUGUACAAAUUGUGCUGAAUGAACCCAUGAAAGUGCGAGGUGUCCGUCUGGAGUUAAAAGGGGAAUCUCGUGUCCAUUGGACAGAAAGGCAUUCGACUGGAAGUGGUAAAAACAGAAGCACCACAACACGACAUUACUCAGCCCAUGAAAACUAUUUUGAUUAUACUGUCAUCCUCUAUGGCUCAGGUCCAGUUAUGGGAGCUAAUCAAGUGAUAUUGAAUGGCGGAGAGCAUCACUAUCCUUUUGAGUUUAUGCUUCCGUACAAUAUUCCAUCGUCAUAUGAAGGAGGAACCGGAUAUGUAAGAUACUACGUAAAAGCUAUUAUGGAUAAGCCUUGGAAAUUUGAUCAUAAGUGCAAAGUUCCGUUCACUGUAAUCACAGUUCUGGAUCUCAACCAGACACCAAAUGCAUUGCAACCGAUCCAACAGCAAGGAACCAAGCAUUUCUGCUGCUGUUGCUGCAAGUCUGGACCGUUGAGUGCUCACGUGAAUUUAUAUCGGACGGGUUACGUAAGUGGCGAGAAAAUUUUAAUCAAUGCUGAGAUAUGUAACAUGUCAAACCGAGAUAUAACCAGUUCAAAAGCAUCACUAGACAUGGUUAUUUCUUUCCAUGCAACGACUAAAACAAAAACUGUGCAUCAACAUGUCGCAUCUGUAAUGCAAGGAGGUAUUCAGCCUGGGGAAAGUGACUAUUGGAACCAAGUUGCUCUUCUUAUCCCACCAUUGCCACCAUCCCAUCUGAUAUACUGUAACAUUAUUGACAUUAGAUAUAUAUUGACGUUUUCUGUGUCAGCGUCGAUGGCUGUGUCUUUAAAACUACCAAUGGAAAUUAUUAUUGGAACCAUUCCAUUAGCAACUUACAUGCCUCCUGCCCCUUCAGCUGGACUGCCUGCUCCAAGCCAGUAUAAUGCUGGUGGAUAUGCAACCCAGUAUGGGUCUCUUUUACCCAACACUUCUUAUCCAGAACCCAGUGCCAUACCUGAAGGUGCCGGCGCCAGUGCCAUUCCUUCAGCUCCUCCAGCAUAUGAAGAAUGUGUCUUUGGCAAAGUGAACAUCUCAGAUGAAGGGGAUGACAAAUACACACAAGGGGAACUGAACUUUGCUCCUGCUUAUCCUUACUAUAAUUUCCCCUCGGCACCACCGUUACCAGAACAGCCGACAGACAAAGCAUGAAUGGAACUGUAUCAUUAGAAUUCUUACCAAAGAAGAAUAUUUCCUGAUGAAGACAAUUUCUUAUUCAGUUUGAAUGCUUUGUUACCAUUUCACUUGUUAAUGUGUCUAUAUGUUAGCGUGUGUGUGUGUGGAUGCAUGCUUGUGUGUGUGUGUGUGUGUGUGUGUGUGUGUAUUUGUCAAUGUCUGAUUUCUUAUAAACAUGCAAUAUUGUCUUUGUUUCUGCAUACAUGUGUGUGUCAUUAUUAAUAUGUAUAGAUAAACGUGUGUUUAUGAAUAUGUACAUUUGUAUGAAAAUGUGUGUGUGGUGGUAGUAGUAGUAUGUGACUCAAUGGUUAGGAUAUUAGGCUUGCAAUCAUAAAAUUGUGGGAUUGAAUCCUAGACUAAUUGGUGCAUUGUCUCCUUGAGCAAGGCACUUCAUUUUAUUUUACUCCAGUCUACUCAGCUAAAAAUGAGUUCCAGCCAUGACAGACUGAUAUCCAGUUUAAGGAGAGUCUCGUACUCCCAGUCAUUUAAACACCUAAGGAACUGGACUAAGCUCUGACCUAAUGCAAUUAUAGGCCCAAAAUAAACUUAUAGUUGAUGUACACCACUGAUGGUCUGGCACCUCCUUUAAUCCUGAUAAACUACAAGGGAGAACUUGAAAUUCCCAUAACUGAUAAUCUAGUCCACUGCAUGACCACAAGUGGUGUUUUGCGUAUUGUGUGUUUACGUGCAUUAUUUACUUUGUACUCGUUAGUGGCAAUACCAAAGUGUUGAGAGGUCCUCUGUUCAUUUAGCUUAAAGUUACCAGUUGCUAUGGCUACUACGGGUAAGAGGAUUGAGAGCGUCAUUGGUAAUGUCAAACAGAAAUCCAUAUCAAACCAGGAUAACACAGAACAGUUGAUGAUACUUUAGAUGCAGGUGUAUAAUUAGUUGAUUAGAAGUGUGUUGAUGAAUUAUUAUAUGACCAUGGCUGGUCAGACAAAAUGGUUAAUCCACCAAGGCUUUGGAAACAAAGAUACUCGAAAAUCAGUGGUGUACCUAUGUUGUAUCAAGGCAGUGCCCCAGCAUGGCCACAAUCUAAUGACUGAAACAGUAAAAGAUAUAUAUAUAUAAUGUACACAUCCAUGUGUGUGUGUGUGUGUGUGUGUGUGUACACACAUAUAUAUAUAAUUCUGUAUGUUACCUAUCAUUUGAUAUAGUGAACCAGAGUUGGAUUAUGUUAGAGUGCUAAUAAGGUAUCUGCCUGGAUUCCAAAUCCAUAUUCCUUUAUGUUUCAUAUAUUUAUGUGUGUUUGUGUGUAAGUAUUUGCAUGACAAGAAAUAGUUUGGUAGUUACUUCAAAGUUUUGCAGGUUGUCUGCCUUCUCAGAUGUUGGGACUCAGGAAAUCAAUGAAACUUCAAAGUCAUUUUUGUAAAAAAUAUAUAUAUACUCUACAUAUUCACAUACAUAUAUAUAUAUAUCAUUUUUAGGAAAGCAAAUGUGGAGAAGAAGCACACUCUAAGAAGUAGAGCAGUCUGUAUUUUUUCCUGGUGAAGGCCACUUUAUGAGGUUACCCUGGGUUUCCUGUCCAUAAAGGGUUUAACUUUAUAGCGUAUCUUCAGACCCCAAAACCUAUUGGCCUAUGACCUCUUUAAAAUAUGGAGGAGAAAUGUCUUGGGGUCUGAAGAUACGCCAUAAAGUUAAACCCUUUAUGAACGGGAAAUCUAGGGUAACCCUAUAAAUCAGCCUUCACCAGUAAAAUAUAUAUAUAUAUAAUUGUUAAACAGUACAGCAAACAUUAAGGCAAAGCAAACAUCUCAAGUCGUAUACAUUAUUAUUAUAGGAAGAAAUAUUGUAUGCAACUUGAGAUGUUUGCCUUGCCUUAAUGUUUGCUGUCCUGUUUAACAAUUAUAUAUACGCUGCAUCAGAAAUCUGCAAUGGCCCCAUAACUACUGUCUUGGCUAUAACUUUGGAGCCCCAGCCCCAGUAAAAACAGGUGCACAAUUUACAUGGGUUUUUAUAGUGUAUAUAUAUAUAUAUAUAUAUAUAUAUAUAUAGUGUCUGAGGAGAGUCACAUUGUCUUAAUGCCUUACUAUCUAACACACUCACCGGUUCAAUUUCCACUCAUCUAUUAUUUAUUUAUUUAUUUAUAUAUAUAUAUAUAUAUAUAUGCAUAUUAUGGGUAUAUGUGUCUAGGUUUUCUCCUAUAUGUUUCAUAAAGUUGAAUGUUAUAAGAGAAUUUGACACAUACAUAUGCACACACACACUUGUACAUGUGUGUCUCCACAGACUGUGGUCACAAAACUUCUUAUAAGAUGUGCCUAUUAUUUCCAAUGGUAUUUUCAGGAAAAUAAAUAUAUGUUACUUUUCACAUAUAUCAACAGACAAAAGAAUUCUUUGUUCAACUAAUUUUUCUGUUUUGAAAGCUGUCCAGCUUUUCUCUUACAUUGAAAUUUUGCAUUGCUUCAUCGAUAUUUUUGUUCAUAUAUUAUUGUAAUUUGUAUUUUUUAUAAGUCAGAAUAUGACCUCUUACCAUUUAAGAGAGUUUUUGAAAUGAACGCAUGGCCUUUAAAAUACUGCCUAAAACCAAAGGUUUUAAACUUUUUCUAGCUGAGACUAGCCUUUUAAAAAAAGUAUCCCAUUUCAUCUUUUUCAAAAAAGAAAAAAAGAAGAGACAUCUAAUUAUUUUAAUUAAACAGAAAGUUUAUUUUGCUCAGACAUUUAAUUCCAUCCAGCAUGUGCUUUUUCCCAGAUAUUUUUGUCAACCAGUGUCCACUGAUGCUAAAUUUUUAUGGUGAACACUUUAAUAAUGAAAUUAUAUUGAACCUUGAUGUAUCCUCAAUCAUGUUUUGCUCACAAAAAACAAACAAAAUAUCCUGUUCAUAUUUUAAUGUCAAUAAAGUUUUUUUCUUUUUUUUUUUUUGAAAAUGCAGUUAAACUAUAAAUAUUCUACAUGUUUUAAAUUAUUUAUUUGUAACAAAAGUCAGAAUAUUUCUAAAUACCAAGCUAACCACCUAUCCCCAUAGUGUCCUCUUGUGACCUCAUAAUGCUCACAAGGGGUGCUAAUGUUCAAGUUAAAGACUUUCUAGGGGCAAUCCCAUGGUCAUUUGUGAGUGAAGGGUGUUUUUAUAUAUAACAUAUGUAAAUAGAUAAAUAAUUAAAUAUCUGUGUGUAUCUCUC